AUCUCAUCAUCAUUUUCAUCACCGUUCGCAUUGCACCAUCCGCGUACUUUCCUUCUUUUAACAGGCAUACCUCCCAUAUCUCGAUACAGUUCAACGAUGAUUCGAAGUGGCUUCUUCCUGGCAUUAUUUACCUCCUCGGCCUCGGCCUUCAUGGCCCCCACCAAAAGCACACGCAGCUACGGUUCGUCUACGCAGACCUUUUUGUUCGACAAGAUGUUCGAAGAGGAGGGCAUGCUCGGAAAGGGAAUCACCGUUGGAUCGGUCCAGGUGGCCCUUCGAAGUAACGAUCGAGCUUCGGAUACUUCGAUCUUCGGUCUGCUGGAGGAUCACUCGAAUCUCGACAGUGACGCCAACGAAGAUCUGGCAAGAAUGGCGAAUGAUGUUUGUUUGGAUUUGAUGCGAAAAUCGGACGAUUGGGUUGCGGCUUGCAGCACUAGCAAAUGGUUCAGUCAGAACGAUGCCGGUAAGGCAGAGAGCUACUACAACGAGCUCGCGAACAACAUCGCGACCAAGUUUGACAAGGUAUGUGAAAGAUCUCGACCCAGGUUUUCGAGAGAAUUAUUUAGCAGCGAUCGAUCUGUCUCGGAUAUUGGUUGUCUCACGAUCUUGGAAUGAAUUCGAUCUGCUAUUCAGGAAUAUGUUCCGGAUGAAGAUGACGAGGAGGAAGGAGGUCCGACACUGGUCGUCGUGAGUCUCGUGUUGGAGAUUCAAGGAGAUUCAACGAAGUAAGUAUUAUUGUGCGGCUUGUUCGAGGCAGAGUCAACCAUAAAAUCGUUCUCUAUCUUUGUCACUCAUUGCUAGCUCGAUUUUCUUUCUUUCGCUAUUUCCUUUCGUAGAUUUGAUGGCGCAGGCUAUUCUAUUGCGCAAACAAAAGAAGUCUUAUCAAGUAUUGGGAGUGAUUGCCUGAUCGACGACGGAUAUUGUGUCAACGCGGUGGAGGCAUUAUGGACACCAAGUGAGCGAAAUGAAGUCAUGUCGAAAAA